AAUAUUUGUGACAUGGGAGUGUCUUUUCUAUCAAAAAUAUUCUGAAAUUUGAAUUAUCAUUUACUAAUUAUUAUUUCAAAGAAAUAUGGAAGCUGAUCAACAACCAAAAUUAAGUCCUAUAAAAGCUUUUCAAGUUGCUCAUGGUUUAAAUGACAAUGAUGAACCAUACCCUAGUCUAUCGGAUGUCCAUGACUACGAACCAAAUCUCGAAUUUGAUGAUACAGAAUUGCAUCAACCACCUGACGCUGAUACAGUGGACCUAAUUCAAGAAAUUGAAUCGAGUGGUAUGGACUCACCAGUAUCAGAUUUUACAGAGGAGAAUUUUGAAGAACAGUUAGGUGGAGGUGUUUUGUUGGGUAGUGGACCAGAUAGUAUUGGUGUGUCGUAUCCAGCAUUAGUUAGUAACAACGAUGGAUUUUAUGAGACACCAAGUAGUUUAAUGGAUAUACAUCGACAUGCAAUUGUUGAUGUGAUUGGUGAUGAUAAAUUAGGACGGAAAAUUAUCACUGUAUAUGCAUGUCGAUUACCAAAUAGUAAAGAAAUUGAUCAUGGACGACUUUUACAAUAUUUAAAAUUCACACUUGAUCAGUACGUCGAACAAGAUUACAGUUUAGUAUAUUUCCAUUACGGUUUAACAUCCAAAAAUAAACCAGCACUAACAUGGUUAUGGCAAGCGUAUCGUGCAUUUGAUCGAAAGUAUAAGAAAAAUUUAAAAGCAUUGUUUUUAGUUCACCCAACAUCAUUUAUACGAAUUGUUUCACAAAUAUUUCGUCCAGCAAUCAGUGCAAAGUUUGGCAGGAAAAUAGUUUAUAUCAAUUUCUUACAUGAAUUACAAGAACAUAUGACCUUAGAUCGACGAUGUAUACCUCAGGCUGUUUUAAACCAUGAUGAACAAUUAGUACAAAGAGCAAAACCUCCAACUCCUACAAAACCAGAUAAUAUUAAUGUACCGCAAUUAUUAGCUACACAACAAUUUGGUGUGUCGUUACAAUUUAUUGUCGAUAAUAAUGGUGGGGAAGUGAUACCGCCAAUUGUUCGACAAUGUGUUGAAUAUUUAGAUAAUCCUGAUGUUUUAGAAACUGAAGGAUUGUUUAGGCGUUCAGCUAGUGCUGUAAUUGUACGAGACCUUAAGGCUCGAGUCAACAAAGGUGAAAUAGUACCGUUAAAUGAUCCACAUGUUGCAGCCGUACUCCUAAAAACAUUUUUAAGAGAACUCACCGAACCUCUUCUAACAUAUGAUCUUUAUGAUGAAAUUAUGCAAUUUACAGUUUGGUCAAAAGAUGAACGCCAACGACAAGUAUCAAUACUAAUAUUAGAAAAAUUACCAGUACCAAAUUAUAAAGUAUUGAAAUAUUUAGUACAGUUUUUAUACAGGGUAAUGGAUCGUAGCGAUUUAAAUAAAAUGACUGCAUAUAAUUUAGCUGUUGUAUUUGGUCCAAAUUUAAUAUGGCCAGAAACUGAACAAAUGUCAUUGAUUGCAAUUGGACCAAUAAAUAUGUUUACAAACUUUUUAUUACAAAAUCAAGAUUCAAUAUUUAUUGUUUAA